GUGAAGGCGGCUUUCUUGAUGUUUGCGUUACCGUUACGUUUGUUUAGUUGCUUGACGCUUUUGGAGUUUUCAAAGUUAUGCAGAUGCCGUAGUCUUGCAUUUCCGUGUCACUGUCACAAUAUCUUUAAGUAGGAAAAAUUGUGUUUACGUCACUUCACAUGUUCACAACUCUUCGUCAAGUCUUCGUACGUGCUGGAGCUGCAGCAGGUUAGUAAAAGACCUAGCUUUCUUUUGUGAAUGUGGAAAAGUGCAGCCGGUUAGUCCCAAUUGGUCUUAUUUCGACGUUCUGGGUUAUCCACAUCCGGAACCUGUGAUAGAUGUAAUCGAUCUAGGAGAUCGGAUGCGACAAACCCAGAAAUUGUUACACCCUGAUAAAUUUAGUGCAAAAACACAGUAUGAAAAAGACCUUGCUUCGGAUGCAUCAGCCUAUGUAAACAAAGCAUACAGCUGUCUACAAAAGCCCGUUGAACGUUAUGAAUAUCUCCUUCAUCUGCACGGUGUAUCAACUGAUAACGUAGAUUUCAAGAAAUCAGAUGAUACAGAAUUUUUAUUAGAAGUAAUGAACAUCAGUGAAAAGGUUGAGGAUGUUAUUCACAAUGUUUUGAAUCCCAGUCGUUCUGAGAAAACACUUGGUGAAUUGUCUAGUACCAUUAGUGAACUUGUUAGUGAACUUCUUCAAAGGUUAAAUGAUGAAGAAAAGAUAAUAAUCAAUUUAAUUUCCAGAUCGGACUGGGCUGGUGCGCUAAUAUCUCUUUCAAGGUUCAAAUAUAUUCUCAAGGUAUUCGAGGAAUUACGAGAGCAUGAAUUUGCCUGGAAACAGCUUGGUAUCAAUAUAACGACAACGUAAAAAUAGUUCAUUCAAAGACUAAGAUUCUGUCUCACUUGCUUUGCUUGUCUACUUUUUUAUUUAGACUAACGAAUAAACCGUUAUUGUUUUAAUAAAGCUUUAAAAAACUUACUUUCCAGAA